GGAACUCUGGAGGAUCAGAUCAUACAAGCUAAUCCUGCUUUGGAAGCCUUUGGGAAUGCAAAGACCCUGCGGAAUGAUAACUCCUCUCGAUUUGGAAAAUUUAUAAGAAUUCACUUUGGCCCAAGUGGUAAACUAUCCUCUGCUGAUAUAGAAAUUUACUUGCUUGAAAAAUCUCGAGUCAUUUUUCAACAGUCAGGUGAAAGAGAUUAUCACAUAUUUUAUCAGAUCCUGUCAGGAAAAAAAGAGGAAUUGCACGAAAUGCUGCUUGUGUCUACCAACCCCUACGACUACCAUUUUUGUUCUCAAGGUGUUGUGACUGUUGACAAUUUGGAUGAUGGAGAAGAACUUAUGGCCACAGAUAAAGCAAUGGAUAUUCUAGGGUUUAGCCCUGAUGAAAAAUAUGGAGCCUACAAAAUGACCGGUGCUAUUAUGCACUUUGGAAACAUGAAGUUCAAGCAAAAGCCAAGAGAAGAGCAAGCAGAGACAGAUGGGACUGAAAAUACUGACAAGGCAGCAUAUCUUAUGGGAAUCAGCUCCGCAGACCUUAUCAAAGGCUUACUGCACCCAAGAGUCAAAGUUGGAAAUGAAUAUGUGACCAAAGGUCAGAAUGUAGAACAGGUCGUCUAUGCUGUAGGCGCUCUAUCCAAAGCUGUUUAUGAUCGGAUGUUUAAGUGGCUGGUAACCAGAAUCAACCGCACGCUGGACACUAAACUCUCCAGGCAGUUUUUUAUUGGAGUGCUCGACAUCGCAGGUUUUGAAAUAUUUGAAUAUAACAGCUUUGAACAACUCUGCAUUAAUUUCACUAAUGAAAAGCUGCAGCAAUAUUUCAAUCACCACAUGUUUGUUUUGGAACAAGAAGAGUACAAGAAAGAAGGGAUUGACUGGGUGUUCAUUGACUUUGGGCUCGACCUACAGGCCUGUAUUGAUCUCAUUGAAAAGCCUCUGGGCAUCUUAUCCAUCCUUGAAGAAGAAUGCAUGUUCCCAAAGGCCACUGACAUGACAUUUAAAAGUAAGCUCUAUGACAACCACCUUGGGAAGUCUGCAAACUUCCAAAAACCCAAGCCAGACAAGAAGAGGAAAUACGAAGCCCAUUUUGAGCUUGUUCACUAUGCUGGAGUGGUCCCUUAUAAUAUAAUUGGCUGGUUGGAAAAGAACAAAGAUCCUCUAAACGAAACUGUAGUCGGGUUGUUCCAGAAGUCAGCGAACAAACUGCUUGCAAGCCUUUUUGAAAACUAUGUUAGUGCCAACUCUGACAGAAGUGGCGAAAAGAAAAGGAAAAAGGGUGCAUCCUUCCAAACAGUGUCUUCGAUGCACAAGGAAAAUCUUAACAAGCUGAUGACAAAUUUGAGAUCCACAGCCCCUCAUUUUGUACGCUGUAUAAUUCCAAAUGAAACUAAAACACCAGGUGUUAUGGAUCCUAUACUGGUACUCCAUCAACUGCGGUGCAAUGGUGUACUGGAGGGAAUCCGAAUCUGCAGAAAAGGAUUUCCAAACCGCAUCUUGUAUGCUGACUUCAGACAAAGGUACCGCAUCCUUAAUCCAAAUGCUAUUCCAGAAGAUAAAUUUAUGGACAGCAGAAAGGCAGCUGAAAAACUACUGGAAUCUUUGGAUGUUGACCAUACACAAUACCGUUUUGGAUUUACUAAGGUCUUUUUCAAGACUGGACUUCUUGGCCAACUGGAAGAGAUGCGAGAUGAGCGGCUGGCCAAGAUCCUGACCAUGAUUCAGUCCCGAGCAAGAGGAAAGCUGAUGCGAAUGGAAUUCAAUAAGUUUUUUGUAACAAGGGAUGCUAUGAUGAUCAUUCAGUGGAAUAUCCGAACCUUUAUGGCUGUGAAGAAUUGGUCCUGGAUGAAGCUGUUCUUCAAGAUCAAACCCUUACUGAAAACACGCGACACAGAGAGAGAGAUAUCAGUUAUGAAAGAGGAAAAUCUGAAAUUGAAGGAAACAUUGAACAGAUCAGAGUUCAGAAGAAAGGAACUCGAAGAGCGCCAAGUGACCCUAAUACAGGAGAAAAAUGACCUGCUUCUGCAGCUGCAGGCUGAACAGGAUACCCUUGCAGAUGCAGAAGAAAGAUGUGAUUUGCUGAUCAAGUCGAAAAUUCAGCUAGAAGCCAAAGUGAAAGAAUUUGCAGAGCGUCUGGAAGAAGAGGAAGAAAUGAACUCAGAACUCACUGCCAAGAAAAUAAAACUAGAAGAUGAAUGCUCUGAACUCAAAAGAGACAUUGAUGACAUGGAGAUGAUGCUUGCUAAGGUUGAGAAAGAAAAGCAUGCCACAGAAAACAAGGUCAAGAAUCUGACUGAAGAACUGGCUGCACUCGAUGAGAAUGUGGGCAAACUGGCCAAAGAGAAGAAGACUUUGCAGGAAGCAAACCAACAAAUUCUUGAUGAUCUUCAGGCAGAAGAAGAUAAAGUGAAUACCCUUAUAAAAGCGAAAGACAAACUUGAACAGCAAGUUGAUGAUUUGGAAUGUACUCUUGAUCAAGAAAAGAAAAUACGAACCGAUUUAGAAAGAGCCAAACGCAAACUUGAAGGUGACUUGAAACUGAGUCAAGAAUGCAUCAUGGAUCUUGAAAAUGACAAGCAGCAGCAGGAAGAAAAACUCAAAAAAAAAGAAUUUGAAAUCAGCAACCUCAACUCAAAAAUCGAAGAUGAGCAGGCCUUAGUGGGGCAGCUUCAGAAGAAAAUCAAGGAGCUCCAGGCACGAGUCGAAGAACUAGAAGAGGAACUCGAAGCUGAAAGAGCGAUGCGUGCAAAGGCAGAGAAGCAGCGAAGUGAUCUAGCAAGAGAACUGGAAGAGCUCAUUGAGAAGCUCGAAGAGGCUGGAGGCAGCACUGCAGCCCAGAUUGACAUUAACAAAAAGCGUGAAGCUGAGUUUUUAAAACUGAGACGCGAUCUAGAGGAAGCCAGUCUCCAGCAUGAAGCCAUGGCUGCUGCUUUAAGGAAGAAACAUGGUGACAGCGUGGCUGAGUUCAGCGAGCAGAUUGACAACUUGCAAAGAGUCAAGCAGAAACUGGAGAAGGAGAAAAGCGAGCUGAAAAUAGAGGUGGAUGAUCUCUCCACUAAUCUUGAACAAGUCAUCAAAACAAAAACUACUACAGAAAAACUCUGCCGUUCAUAUGAAGACCAACUAAAUGAAUCAAAAUCAAAAGUUGAUGAGCUGAUUCGACAGAUAACUGACCUCAGUGCCCGCAAGGCAUGGCUUUUAACAGAGAAUGGAGAGCUCAUCCGGCAUGUAGAAGAUAAAGAAGCUUUAAUCAACCAGCUUUCCAAAGGGAAAACUUUAUUCACGCAACAGAUUGAUGAUCUUAAAAGGCAGCUUGAAGAGGAGACAAAAGCUAAAAACGCUUUAGCUCAUGCCUUGCAAGCAUCUCGCCAUGACUGUGAUCUUCUGCGUGAGCAGUAUGAUGAAGAACUGGAAGCAAAGGCUGAGUUACAGAGAUUGCUGUCAAAAGGAAACUCAGAAGUUGCCCAGUGGAGAACAAAAUAUGAGACUGAUGCCAUUCAGAGGACUGAAGAGUUAGAAGAAGCAAAGAAGAAGCUUGCAGCUCGACUUCAGGAGGCAGAGGAAUCCAUGGAGGCGGCUAAUGCAAAAUGCUCAUCUCUGGAGAAAACCAAAAGCCGGUUACAGAGUGAACUUGAAGACGCUAUGGUAGACCUGGAAAGAUCGAAUGCCGCAGCUGCCAUUCUUGACAAGAAGCAAAAGAACUUUGACAAGAUUAUCAAUGAGUGGAAACAAAAGUAUGAGGAAGCUCAGGCUGAACUGGAAGGCUCUCAGAGAGAGACUCGUACCUUAUCUACCGAAAUGUUCAAACUCAAAAACACUUAUGAAGAGUCUUUAGAAAAUCUGGAGUCAAUAAAGCGAGAAAACAAGAACCUGCAAGAGGAAAUUUCUGAAUUAAUGGAGCAAGUCAGUGAGAAAAACAACUGUCUACAUGAGAUUGAUAAAAUGAAGAAACAACUUGAACAAGAAAAGAUUGAAAUUCAGACAGCGUUAGAAGAAGCUGAGGGAACAUUAGAACAUGAAGAAAGCAAAACAUUGCGCAUCCAGCUUGAACUUUCCCAAAUUAAGGUAGAUUUCGAGAGAAAAGUUGCAGAAAAGGAUGAAGAAAUUGAAAACUACAGACGAAAUUUCCAGAGAACAAUCGAGUCACUCCAGACGUCCUUAGAAGCAGAAGCUAAGAACCGAAAUGAAGCAGUCAGACUGAAGAAGAAGAUGGAAGGAGAUCUCAAUGAAAUGGAAAUUCAGUUAAAUCAUGUCAACAGGCAAGCAUCUGAAGCACAAAAGGCUGCACGUAAUUUUCAACUUCAAAUUAAGGAACUUCAAGGCCAGGUGGAUGAAACUCUUCAUGAAAAUGAGGAAUUGAAAGAGCAAGCGGCCAUACUGGAUAGGCGCAAUAACCUACUGCAGUCAGAGCUGGAUGAGCUAAGAACAGCCUUGGAUCAAGCCGAGCGCAGUCGCAAACUGGCUGAGCAGGAGCUCAUGGAUGCAACUGAGCGGGCCAAUCUGUUACACUCCCAGAAUACCAGCUUGAUCAACCAAAAAAAGAAAUUAGACAGUGACAUCUCCCAGAUGCAGCAAGAAGUGGAUGAAGCUAUUCAAGAAGCUAGAAAUGCAGAGGAAAAGGCCAAAAAGGCAAUUAAUGAUGCAGCUAUGAUUGCUGAGGAGCUUAAAAAGGAGCAGGACACAAGUUCUCAUCUGGAGAGAAUGAAGAAAAAUAUGGAACAGACUGUGAAGGACUUGCAGAUGAGACUAGACGAAGCAGAACAAGUUGCUCUAAAAGGGGGGAAAAAACAAAUCCAGAAGCUGGAAUCGAGAGUCAGGGAAUUGGAGAGUGAGCUGGAAAGUGAGCAACGCAGACACAAUGAGGCCCAAAAGGGACUUCGCAAGUAUGAACGCCGAAUCAAGGAGUUGACCUUCCAGACAGAGGAAGAUAAAAAGAAUCUCAUGAGAAUGCAGGAUCUGGUUGACAAGAUGCAGCUGAAAGUGAAGAGCUACAAGCAUCAGGCCGAGGAGUCAGAAGAACAAGCCAACCAGAAUUUAACAAAAUACCGAAAACUGCAGCAUGAGCUACAUGAAGCUGAGGAAAGGGCAGAGUUGGCUGAAUCUCAGAUUAACAAACUUAAAAGUAAAUCACGAGAUGCAGGCGCUAAGGGUGGACAUUCGAGUAUUUAUCCCCUUAAAAUUCAAAGGAUGCACGCAGAGGAGUAGGAUAUGCAAUAACAUCCUGAUUACUGGCAGUAUGGAUGCAAAUAUAAAGUUAGAAUUUUACAUAAAGACAGGCGUAAAAAAGAAGCACCACCUCCAAACCCCCUUUUAUUUGCUGUCAUUAAACCAAUACUUAUUUGAUGUUUGUCGUUUGUUUUUUAUGACUUUUUCCAGUGUGUAGCUUAGGUAAGAUGCUCUGAGUGACUGUCCAUCUUUAAAUGAUUAGCCCUACAAAAACAGAGUGUGCUGAGCUGCAGUCGUAUGCAUGGAGUUGCCACGCUGUCCUCAUGUGCUCAUUGCUAUUAGAUUGUAAAAUUCAUUAAUGCUGCAGAUAGCAAAACAUCCAUGGAGGUGGUGUGCAUCACGUAGAAGUGACUUGUGUGCAUUUAAUGGGAAAACAUUGCUUUAUGUGUUGUUACAUCAGUACUUCAGCUCUUUUUUAAAUAAAACAAAAUAGCUUUGUUGGAAACAUUCAGUCAAAACUCAUUUA